AUGCUAGAAUUGGCAGUGGAGCCGUUGUAUGCAUUGACCCAGUACGCUUUAGACUUUGAAGCGAGAUCUACCAUCGAGAGCAUUGCAGUGUUUGCAAAGUGCUUCGUCACCUUUGCUUGUGUGACAUGGAGUAAAAGCUAUAUCUCUGAUAACCAAAGAGGUUGGGCUGUUUUGUCUUUUCUUUUGGGCCAGUUGGCAUAUGCUUUGGUCACAGUGGUAGGGUAUAUGCGUCGUUUCAACUUCCGUGUGUCCAGACCUGCAAAGGUGACCGAGAAUAAGAAAGUCUUUCUUUUUGAUCCGAGUCUUACCAAACUAUACUUCACUUUAUUUUUCCAAAUGCUCUUUAAACUUGUAUUGACAGAGGGAGACAAAAUCAUGAUGGGGUACCUUUUUGAUGUCUCGCAACAAGGAACAUACGCUGUGAUCAGCAAUUACGGGUCUAUGAUAGCUCGCAUAGUGUUCUUACCUGUGGAGGAAAUGCUUAGAAAUCUGUUUACAAAAGUGUUUGCUGCUGAAACACCCUCGGCUAAAACAGCUUUCACUACCAUGGAGAAUCUCCUAGCGUUUUACAUGUAUUUUAGCAUCCUUUUACUUUUGGGCGGCACCUUCAAUGGGGAAUUUCUUCUUCGGAUCUUACUUGGACGAAGUGCGGCAUGGAGGAGCUCAGAGUUGUUUGCCUUGUUCCCGCAAUACAUUUUGUACCUCCCAUUUAUGGCGUUCAACGGUAUCCUUGAGGCUUUCCAGACCAGCAUAUUGAGCGACAGGCAAAUCAAGGUUUACUCAUUAUUCAUGCUAUUCCUGACGUUCAUCUCCUUUCUUGUGCUGAUUGUUCUGGUCAAACAAUGGGGAUGGGGUCUUACUGGCUUGAUUGUCGCCAAUAUAACUUCCAUGACACUUAGGAUCAUUUACUGUUCCUUCACCUACGUUCGUUUUGCUCGGAAGCAUAGCGUCAAGACUUCCCUCGCCACUCUUUUCCGCAGAACGGCAUCGCCUAUAGGCUAUUCUGUCUUUGCUUACGUUCUUCAAUCCCAGCUUCUCGGCUCUCACACCACUUCCUUUCAAGAAUUUUUCAUCAGUGCAUGCAUUUGUUUCACUUGCCUUCUAGUGUUUUUGAUGAAUGAAAGACGUACGAUAGAGGACACUUUUGUCAACAAGUUGAGAAGAAACCGGGGCAUGAAGGUCAAGGACGAAUAA